AAUUUUAGAGCAGUAAACACAAGAUGCCUGACUGCCACUUUGUGCUUUCUGCUGUCAUCGCCGUUUCCAAGCCAUAGAAACCUAUUAAAAGUUAAUUUUCAAUCUUUCUGGACAGGAUGUUUGUAGUGUAAUGUAAUGUUUUUUUUUAAAGCGAUUGCACAUCGCAUAGGCUUUGAAAAAUAUAACCUAAUUUGUAUGCGCUAUGCGCCAUUAAAAAUUUGUAAAAUCAGUGUUGCGAAUGGGCGAAGUAAUUCUUGGCUAUUGAAGUGAUAUGAUUUCAAACCUAACCUUAGAUCAGCAUCAAACUGGCUUCGUGCAGUCCUUUGAAUAUAAUUUGAACAUAUUUUCCAUUUGUGGGGGCGUGGUUGCAAUGUUUCCGACUCGGUUUUUAGUCGCAAAAGUCUAUCUGCCAAAAAUACCUAGGACUAAAAGUGUUGGAUAUAAAUAUAUAGCGUUUUCCUGCCCCAGGUGGGCUAAGUGCAAAAGGUUUAAACUUAAGAGAGGAAGAUUAAAAUUGUUAAAAUUGUCAUUAAGCAUCAAUGCCUGUGAGCUACAUCAUAUGUACUGAACUUAUCAUAACUUAAACCUAUCCCGCGAAGUCCAUGGUCUGAGGCAGCGGUCACGGAAGAACGCUGACGUGGCGUCCCGUGACCGUCCAUCAGCGCGCGCAUCCGAAUGUCAGGUUACGCCUUUCGGUACGUUGCACCGACCAGAUCUUCAGACGGCGCCUAACAAGUGGCAAUGGACGAGUCUGAUAAAUCGCAACAAAACAUGAUAUCAAACCUUCCUCUAUUGUUUGCAAAUGGAUAUCCAACUUCUCUGGAAAAAAUUACUGAAUCUCAGCUAGAAAACUUUAUACCGUUUAUGGUACAAUGCUCGUUGGGACAUAUAAAUUUACCAAAAAAAAUAGACUGCAGCGAGCCUGAGUGGUGGCCAGAAAAUGCUUCAUUUGGCAUUCCGCUAAAAAGACCAAAACAUUUUGUUGGGAAUUGGAUGGAAAAAAUGAAGGAUAUUGUAGUUAUUUGUUAUCAAUUUCACAAAAGUCUAUUUUUAUUACGGUUCUGCAAUGACUUAGCUGCAUAUGAGCACGCAAGCUUGAGGUUUAUCAACAACUACAAUUCUACUACGUCUCUUUACGAUAGACGAAAUAACAAAUUGUUGGUAACAUUUCGAAACGAAAACAUGUCAUAUGAUCGACAACAUAAAAAUAGAAAAUGUUUGCUGCUGCACAAAAAUAAAACCGAUGUACAUGGUGAGGAUUCACACUAUAUGAUGGUCGAACCACCUCCGUUCGAUAUUUAUCUUUGCGAUAAUUGCGAUGCCGAGUUAUAUUCAACGGAAGCAAUUUUGGAACAUGAAAAAAUAUGUAAUAUGGAGGAUGAUGUGAUUUUAUGCGACUCUCCGGAACCAGACAGCAAAAUUGAUACUAAAAAUGAAAACAUUGAAUUAAGAAAUGCGUUCCUUCUUAAUUUUUGUCUUCAAUCUAAAGCAACAAAUUAUAAUAAUUCAAAAAAAACACAGGGAACUAACUCAUAUAGUGAAGAAUUAGUUACGAUGACUUCAAGCAGAAAUAGACGCAUUUCAGCACGGAGAAAUCGAGCUGUACCCUCACUUAACAGAUGUUCAUUUAUCCCAAUAUCAUCUCCAGCUGGACAAAAAUUACUGUCGUCAAUAAAACAGACAAUAUCUAUGGAAUAUGUAUUCGAAAGACAAGAGCGUUUGGACCGGUUUUGCUACACACCCUUGUUAUUAAAAUCAAGUUGCAAGCAUAAACUUUUUGAAAAAAAAAAUUGUACAAACAACAUACACAUUACAUUCAAAAAAAUGCAAGAUUUUAGUUCACACAUAUAUGCUUUUCCACGACGACAGUUUUUGCAACGAAGGGACAUUACGCAAAACUUUUUGUUUCUUAAUUCUCCUUUGAUUAAAAAGUGCCGUCCAAUUUCGGUCAGAUUGAAAAAACUGACUGACAACAUCGGAGAUCAAUUUCCUAUUUCCAAUACUAAACUUAAUAUUAGGCUAACACGCGACACUUCACUUAACUCCCAAUGGAGAAUUUCGCCCUCAACCGAGGUGGUUGUCGACACAAUAGAUUUGUGUUCGUCCGAUGAUGACGAUCCGUCAAGUGAUAGGUCAAAAUUUAAAAAUAGAGAUACGCUUACUAUAAUGUCUUUAUCACAUAAUAAGGAAGUUGCUGCCAUGCAAAACAAUCAUAUAGGAGAAAGUGAAUGGAGUUCCUUAGCUGGUUAUUCACAAUCAACAGACGAUAACUCGCUUAAGCCAUUAAAGCAAUCUGUUUACAUUUUUUCCAAUUAUAAGACUAACUCAGUACUGAACACAUUUAGUCUUGAAUCAAAAGCGAAUAGCUCAGAAAAAGCGCUAAGUCCAUCAAAUAAUUUUUCACAUUCAUAUAAUCAAGAAAAUUGUGAUUUGUCAAAAAGAAUAGUGACUGUUCCUGACUGGUGUGCCGCAAGUUCAGAAAAGUCAGGUAUCAAUCAAACCGACACCAUUGAUUUUGAAAAUCUUUCAACUGUGCAACCCUUUAACUCGUCUGGUAGAGUAAUUUCCAUUGAUUUAACAACGUAGGAAUAGCACGUAAGUUUGAUUAAGUAAUAUAAUGU